AUGUACAAUAACGACUCGGCGGCAGGCGGCGACGCGUUGCAGGAGACUUGUGUGGACGCCAUAACCAAUAUGGCGCGGCGCCUUGACCCCCAAGCACUCACAAAGGUUACCCAGUCGCUUCAGGACAUGCUGGAGGAGAACCGUCAGCAGGUCGCGAACCGACGUGGCCGGGGGGGUUAUCAGCAACACCAGCACCACCAGCAGCCACAUCACUUCGGGCACCGUGGCAACGCGCGUCCGCCGCACGCAAAUCGUCAAUGGGGAAGCAACAAUAACAGCAGGAACUACUAUCAGUCUUCCAACGGUUACGAUAACGGUAAAUACCAGCGCGGUGGGCGUCCUCACCAGCACAACGACUGGAACGCGUCAAGUCGCCGCCAUCAAUCUCGGGGAGGUGGACGGGACUACGGUAACAGAGACGAAGAACGGGUGUCAAACACAAACAGAGAUCACAGUAACAGAGACGGGGACCGAAGCCCAGUCGCAGGCAACCGUUCUCCACCACGGGGACAUCGGGAGGGAGCGGGUGCUCGCUCGAGUGGUCCCCACAACAGCAAAGUGGAGGAGGAAAAUGAGCGGGGCGCGACCGAGAAACCAUGUGAAGGGGGGAAUGAGCGACCUCAUCACGGCCGGCACUGGGGCGGAGGUCGUGGAGCGGGUCGGGUCCGUCGCGGAGAGCGUCGACCCAACGGCCAUAACGAUGCCAAGGCAGAUGGGCCUUCCUAA